CAUGCGAGUGGGUCUUAAAAUUAUUUUUUUUCUCUUCUUGUUACUCUUUUUAUUUUAGCAUAUUAUUGCUGUUGACAUCUCAGUGAGGAUGGUUGUGUCGACAGUUUCUACCCGGAGCUAAAUAAGAGACGGACCCGUCCUGUUGUGUUUUUCCGGUGCAGCUCCGCUUAUGCGGACAUGGACGAACUAGCGGGGCGAGGACACAACCUUCCCUUAAACAAAUGUUCUGCCUUUGAGGACCGGCAGACGUCAUAGACCCAAACGUCCGAGGAAUCCAGAACCACCCAAGCCCGUUCGGCUGUCUGCGCCAUGGCUCUUAGUUCGGGCGGCUGGGCGCCUCCAGCCCCAAUCUCUGCCUCGUCCUCCCAGAAGGCUCCUGUGUGCAGCGGGCCUCCGCUGACCGCCUGCUGCACCACGGUUCUCAUGUCGGUCCGCGUUUCGGUGUCCCAUUCCGGGAUCCGACCCUUGUGCCUCCCCGGAGCGGGAAGCGAGGCUCUGCGCCUGCAGCUCAGCAUGGACCCGAGCCGAGCCGGAGAGUUCCGACUGGCUCUGAGGGAUACGAGCGGAAACCGCAGUGUGUUCAUAGCAGAGUUCGACUUGCGCUGGGUGCAAUACGAGGUCAAGUCGUCUCGCUGCCACGAGAUGCGCCUUGCCUCUCCGCCGCACGACUGCAUCCGCUUCAACUUCCGCUGCGACCGAGAGGCUGAGGAGUGGGCCACCGUUGUGAUGUCGUCUCUGAGGGAGGCCCACAGAGUUGCAAACAUGAACACGGUUGAGUCGGACAGCAAAUCGAGCGACCCUGCGGUAGAGGAGCCGUGGAGUUCGGCCUCGCUGCCGCUCUGUGAGGAGCUGUGUUUGGAGCUGGCCAGGGCCAUCGAGGCGGGCGACACUCACGCAGCCUCGCAGCACGCAUCCUCGCUGGCUCGCCAGAAAGCGGUGCUGACCAUACAGGUGUCCCAAAAGAACUACGCCGAUGGAGAACUCAGCUUAUCUGUGGUGGUGGAGGACGUGUCGUCGUCCUGCUGUGUCACAGUCAAGGUUUUUCCUUACAUGACCGUGGCUGCGCUGAAGCAACAGGUGUUUCUGGAGUACGGGUUCCACCCCCGCGUGCAGCGCUGGGUGAUCGGUCAGUGUUUGUGCACCGACCCGCGCUCGCUGGCCUCCUACGGCGUGCAGAAGGACGGCGACACGGCUUACCUUUACCUGAUCUCCGCCCGCCAAGCGCGCAUCACGCGUCUGCUGUUUCAGCAGGACCUGGAGAGCGCUCUCCUCACCCCGCCGCUCCCGCCGGGAAACGGCCACGCCUCCCAGGACUGGAGGGGGUACAGCACGCUGCCCUCAAAGCUUUCCCAGAACAGCCAAAGUACCUGUGAUAGAUCGGCAGAUGUCAAAGAUGUCCCCAGCAUUGAGAAACUUCAGCUCAACGAUCACAGCAACAGAGCCAGUAAAACACAGCUGACAGAGUGGGCGUGUCCUUCAUGCACUUUUAUCAACAAACCGUCUCGUCCCGGAUGUGAGAUUUGCGCUACAGCCAGGCCUGAUGCGCACAGCGGCGUCCAGCAGGAAAAGGUGAAGCGGGAAGAUCGCGGAGAGUCGGGUUUCAGCAGCAGCUGACUGCACAUCCUCAUGGUCUGGACUUCAUUCGGCUCACUUAACACACUUCCAUGCGCGCCCUCGGAGCGAGAAAGCCGACUCUGCCACACACGUGCUGACUAAAUACCCCCACGCAGAAGGUCAGGGGCGCCGAGGCCCCUGUGACGGCCGCUGAGGCCCAGCGCCGCCCUGCAGCAUGACGCAGAGCCGCUCCGGUCCGGGCUCAGACAACGCAGAGCUUUCUCCAUUCAUGUGGACGGCGUGACCAUGACGUGCACAUGUGCAUUCAGCCAGACCCUCUUGCUGUUUAUCUUGCGUGGUGUUUCUGAUCCAACACAAACAUAUUUAUUUGAAGCAGAGGAAGAAGAAAAGAUGCCGUUUCCGAGCAUCAGCCACCUGUGAAGGAAGAGGAAAGCCUUCAUGUCGGCGGUGUUGUCGGUGCUAAGGGAACUCUGAAGGUUUGAAGGUUGAAGUUAUGUCUCGUUUACACGAUUGUCAAGUGCUUUUAAUUUUUUUAAAUGUACUUAUUUUGUUCUUGGUGUAUUAUUUUUACCAAAUGCUGUGAGCAUUUGUUGUACAUUUCAGCAGCAGGAGUGCAUAGUUUCCGCUGAGCGAGCAGAAACGAUCUGUUUUUAGGGCAUGGCUGGACUAUAAAGGGAGGAAAGUCU